AAGAAUUAUGCACUGAUGAAAUCCACUCCCUAUUCCCCGUUAAAUACACCAAUAAGCAAAAAUUGCAACAAGUGUAUAAUUAAGCACAUUGUUAAUGUUGUAUUUAAGAUUAAUGUCUACAUAUGUAUACGUAUUUGUUGUCUUAUCAAAUUAAUUCAUGGAAUUAAUAACGACUCGAGUGAUACAUGCCAUUUACGUAUUAUAAUUAUUAAUGGGAAAUCAUUAGCGAAGAAGGAUAUCUUUGGAGCAAGUGAUCCGUAUGUAAGGAUUGAUUUAAAUACAAUUAAUGGUGAUAUAAAUAUAGAUUCAGUUUUGACUAAGACCAAAAAGAAGACACUCAACCCCACUUGGAAUGAAGAGUUCGUAUUCAGAGUCAAGCCUUCCGAGCACAAAUUAGUGUUUCAAGUAUUUGAUGAAAAUCGUUUAACCAGAGAUGAUUUUCUGGGAAUGGUUGAGCUAACGCUCAAUAAUCUGCCCACAGAGCAAGAAGAUACUACGAUAAGCCCGCAAAGUUAUUCACUAAGACCGAGAAGGUCAGUAGGUAGCGCAAAGUCACGGAUAAAAGGUACAUUAGAGAUAUAUCAUGCUUUUGUACAUGAGUCUGGCGAGACCAGUGAAGGAGACGCCGUGGACGGAGAAUGGGAGCAUAUGGAAAAUAUCUCGAGAGUGAGUGGAACUCAAACGGGUCAAUUCCCAUCCAAUGCUAAUCAUGAACCAUUACCGUCCGGAUGGGAAGAACGGCAAGAUGCAAACGGAAGAACUUAUUACGUGAAUCAUACAGCACGUACUACACAAUGGGAGCGCCCACUUUUCUCUGCUACUAGCAACAGCAAUGUGAAUGUUGAAGCAGCUGCUUCUGAUUUUCAGCGACGUUUUCAUAUUAGUGUGGAUGAAUCUGAUUCCAGCCGACCCACUACUGUGACUCCUAGGGCAGAUGAAGACGCGUUACCGCCAAACUGGUCUAUGCAAGUAGCACCCAACGGUAGAACAUUCUUUAUAGAUCAUGCGUCGCGACGUACUACAUGGAUAGAUCCACGAAAUGGUCGCGCCAGCCCCAUGCCUAAUCAGACACGUAGAGUUGAGGAUGAUUUGGGUCCUUUGCCGGAAGGCUGGGAAGAACGUGUACACACAGAUGGACGAGUAUUUUAUAUUGAUCAUAAUACCCGCACUACGCAGUGGGAAGAUCCAAGAUUAUCAAAUCCAAAUAUAGCCGGCCAAGCUGUACCAUAUUCGAGAGAUUACAAACAAAAGUAUGAGUUUUUCAAAAGUAAUAUUAGAAAGCCGACAAAUGUGCCGAAUAAAUUUGAAAUUCGCAUUCGUCGCACCUCCAUUUUAGAGGAUUCCUAUCGAAUUAUAAAUUCCGUUACGAAAACGGAUUUAUUAAAAACAAAACUGUGGGUGGAAUUUGAUGGGGAAACGGGCUUAGAUUAUGGUGGUCUUGCCCGAGAAUGGUUCUAUUUGUUGUCAAAGGAAAUGUUUAAUCCAUAUUAUGGACUUUUUGAAUAUUCAGCGAUGGAUAAUUAUACACUACAAAUAAAUAAUGGCAGUGGAUUAUGUAAUGAGGAGCACUUAAGUUAUUUCAAAUUUAUUGGCCGUAUUGCUGGGAUGGCCGUUUAUCAUGGAAAACUGCUUGAUGCGUUUUUCAUACGUCCAUUUUAUAAAAUGAUGCUGCAAAAACCAAUUGAUUUAAAAGAUAUGGAAUCAGUUGAUACCGAGUAUUAUAAUUCCUUGAUGUGGAUAAAGGAGAAUGAUCCACGGCAGUUGGAAUUGACCUUCUCAUUAGAUGAAGACACGUUUGGCCAGAAAAGUCAACACGAACUAAAACCAGGUGGCUCUAAUAUAGAGGUUACUGACGAGAAUAAGGAUGAGUAUAUCAAGCUUGUCAUUGAAUGGCGUUUUGUUGCACGUGUUAAAGAACAAAUGUCAUCCUUCUUAGAUGGUUUUGGCUCAAUUAUUCCAUUAAAUUUAAUUAAGAUAUUUGACGAACACGAGUUAGAGUUAUUAAUGUGUGGCAUACAAAAUAUUGAUGUGAAGGAUUGGCGAGAGAAUACCCUGUACAAAGGAGAUUAUCAUCAAAAUCACAUAAUAAUACAAUGGUUUUGGCGUGCCGUACUCUCAUUUUCAAACGAAAUGCGUUCACGGUUGCUACAAUUUGUUACUGGAACUUCACGUGUUCCCAUGAAUGGCUUCAAAGAGUUGUACGGCUCAAAUGGACCCCAAAUGUUUACCAUAGAAAAGUGGGGCACUCCUAAUAACUAUCCUAGAGCGCAUACCUGUUUUAAUCGUCUAGAUUUGCCACCGUAUGAAGGAUAUGUUCAGUUGAAGGAUAAACUUGUUAAAGCCAUUGAGGGUAGUCAAGGCUUUGCUGGAGUCGAUUAAUAUCUAUGGCAAUUGUAAAACUCCAAAUAGCAACGAAACUAUCCGCCAUGAAGGAUAAAGCGCGGUGUCGAGGCCUUUUACGCUGACUUGUGUACUUAUUAUUCUGUUUAUUACUAUAUAAUAAUAAUAAUUUUACGAACUUCCUGUUAUAUAAAAUAUAAAUACCAAAUUA